CUCUGGUGGAGUUUGUAACGGUGAGCUGGAGCUGAGAGAGGGAGAGAGGGAGAGAGGGAGAAGUCUUAUCUGUGGGUCUGCCAGCAGGAAAGCCUCUCCACAUUUAAACCGGGACGCCCCACUUCUGCUGGAGUCGGAGGAGACGCAAGCGCACAAAUGCAGCUCUAAUAUCAUUCAUUUCCCCGGACUGACUGGAUAUAUUCAAGGCAUCGCAUCCUACUGCUUCUGACAAAGACAGUGAACGGGAAUGCCUGUGGCGUCUCUGUCUCCAGCACAGAUUCAGAACUCAUCUGAGGGCAGGUGCUUUUGAUGAGAUCUAAGAAGGAGGACUUGCAGUAUACACAGUCAUCGAAAAGCUGGCGUGCCGGGGCUGACGGCGGCAGAUGAAAGGGAGGGAGGCCCCGUAGUGAUGGAGCUUCCUGUGGGCUUUAAUCCAAACUGGCACGUCUCGAUGUGCUCGAGUGACUCAGGAUAGCGGGCCUGCCGCAGACUACAUGAAAAGCUUGGCUAGAUUACUUUGGGCAUGACCCAUCUGCAGAAAUCGUCUCUGAAAGAACAGUUUGCCCUUCCAGAAGUCAUCUUCACCCUACCUUCAGGCCAUUUUCUUUUCCACGCUGGCUCUGAAGAUAAGGACUUAGAGAGGGCAAAGCAGGAGGGGUGUCAGGGUGUCGGGCAGGGGGCCGCUGGCGCACGAGGGAGGGGCAGCGCACAUCUCUGAAGGUGAGUGGGAGCCCACCCUCGCACAUGCUGUCCCCUGCCCACACCGGUCCUGCCGCCCUCUGCAAUGGUGACAUGACAGCAGAUGCCGCGGAGGACCUCAGCUUCACAUUGCCAUUUUUUUCACUGUCUUAUCUGACCCAUACAAUAGACAUUGUAAAUUGCUUUUGAACAGACGACAGUGUGUAUAUACUUAUCCAAGUGGCUGCAGGGUGAUGAUGCUGGUGUGUGGGCGCAUGAGGCGGCUCUACCGGCAGCUCACGCUGCAGACCAGCCUUCUGCUGCUCUUCCUCUUCUGCAUGGUCAGUGUACUCAUCUCAGCCUACUUCCUGUAUGGGGUCAAACGGGAGCUGGAGCCGGCAGGGGUCGGUGGGGUGGAGGGUGCAGAGGAGGGCACCGCAAACUGGGAGGAUCCACAAGCAACCCCCUCCCCACCCUCAGCCAGGGUUCUUCCUGCAAGAACUGCCAAACCAGCAGAUACGUCUCGCACUGACCCUGUGGUGCUGGUAUUUGUGGAGAGCCUGUACUCUCAGCUGGGUCAGGACAUCGUGGCCAUCCUGGAGUCAGGUCGCUUCCGCUACCAAACUGAGAUUGCCCCCGGCAAGGGCGACAUGCCCACCCUUACGGACAAGAACCGUGGCCGCUUCACGCUGGUCAUCUACGAAAACAUCCUCAAAUAUGUCAACCUGGAUGCCUGGAACAGAGAACUUCUUGACAAGUACUGUGUGGAGUAUGGAGUGGGCAUCAUUGGCUUUUUCAAGGCCAAUGAGAACAGUUUGCAGAGUGCCCAGCUGAAGGGUUUCCCCCUCUUCUUACACUCUAACCUGGGCCUGAGAGACUGCAGUGUUAACCCCAAGUCUCCCCUGCUUCUCAUCACCAAAGCCCUUGAGGUGGAGCGCGGACCUCUGCCUGGGGACAACUGGACUGUUUUCCAGUCCAACCACUCCACAUACGAGCCUGUGCUGUUGGCCCGAGGCCGGGUGGCUGAAGCUGGGGGUCCACCUGGUCCCGUGCAUGCGGCAGUGGUCCAGGACCUGGGGCUUCAUGACGGCAUCCAGAGAGUGUUAUUCGGGAACAACUUGAACUUCUGGCUGCACAAACUGGUGCUGGUGGAUGCGGUCAGCUUCUUGACAGGCAAGCGGCUGUCUCUAGCACUAGAACGCUACAUUCUGGUGGACAUCGAUGACAUCUUUGUGGGCAAGGAGGGCACACGAAUGAAGGUUUCUGACGUGAAGGCCCUGCUGGAGACACAAAAUGAGCUCCGAACUCAUGUACCCAAUUUCACUUUCAACCUCGGCUUCUCUGGAAAGUUCUUUCAUGCAGGCACUGAUGAGGAAGAUCUGGGCGAUGACCUUCUUCUGUCCUACAGUAAAGAGUUCUGGUGGUUCCCGCACAUGUGGAGCCACAUGCAGCCUCACCUAUUUCAUAACCAGUCGGUGCUGGCCGAACAGAUGCUGCUUAACCACAAGUUUGCCGAGGACCAUGGCAUCCCCACCAACAUGGGCUACGCAGUGGCUCCUCACCACUCUGGUGUCUACCCCAUCCACAUGCAGCUGUACGAGGCCUGGAAAAAGGUGUGGGGCAUCAAGGUGACCAGUACAGAAGAAUACCCCCACCUCAAACCAGCCCGCUUCCGCAGAGGCUUUAUCCACAGCGGCAUCAGUGUGUUGCCCAGGCAGACCUGCGGCCUCUUCACCCACACCAUCUUCUACAACGAGUACCCCGGAAGCCCUAAAGAGCUUGACAAACUCAUUAAUGGUGGAGAGCUCUUCCUCACGGUGCUUCUCAACCCUAUCAGCAUCUUCAUGACCCAUCUCUCCAACUACGGCAAUGACCGCUUGGGCCUGUACACGUUCAAGAACCUGGUGAAGUUCGUCCAGACAUGGACCAACCUGAAGCUACAGACCUUGCCACCUGUGCAGCUGGCCCAGAAAUACUUCCAGAUUUUUCCUGAGGAGAGGGACCCCAUCUGGCAGGACCCCUGCGAGGACAAAAGACACAAAGACAUUUGGUCAAAAGAGAAAACCUGUGACCGCUUUCCUAAGCUGCUCAUCAUAGGCCCACAGAAGACUGGAACGACAGCUCUUUAUCUGUUCCUGGGUAUGCAUCCUGACCUGACUAGUAAUUAUCCAAGUAAGGAGACUUUUGAGGAGAUCCAGUUCUUCAACGGUCGUAAUUACCACAAGGGCAUUGACUGGUAUAUGGAGCAUUUUCCUUUGCCUUCCAACACUAGCUCAGAUUUUUACUUUGAGAAGAGUGCUAACUACUUUGACUCAGAGGUUACGGCCCGGCGAGCAGCAGCCCUUCUUCCCAAAGCCAAGAUCAUCACGAUCCUCAUCAAUCCAGCCGACAGGGCCUACUCCUGGUACCAGCACCAGAGAGCUCAUGACGACCCUAUAGCACAGAAGUACACCUUCCAUGAUGUGAUAACCGCUGGCCGCGACGCCCCUAUCAAACUAAAGGUGCUUCAGAGUCGCUGUCUGGUGCCCGGCCUGUAUGCCACCCACCUCCAGCGAUGGCUCAACCACUACCAUCCUAGCCAGAUCCUGGUUCUGGAUGGUCAGAUGCUGCGGACAGAGCCUGCUUCAGUCAUGGAUAAGAUCCAAAAAUUUCUUGGCCUCACAAACGUACUCAACUACCACAAGAUCCUUGCGUUUGAUCCUAAGAAGGGCUUCUGGUGCCAGCUGCUGGAUGGGGGGAAGACUAAAUGCCUGGGAAAAAGCAAGGGGAGGCGGUAUCCUGACAUGGAUGUGGAUUCGCGAAGCUUCCUGAGAGAGCAUUACCGCGAGCACAACAUCGAGUUGUCCAAGCUGCUGUAUAAGAUGGGCCAGCCGCUGCCCAGCUGGCUACGAGAGGAGCUGCUCCACAGCAGGUAGCCAGAAAAGGGCGCAGGGUGCAACACUAAGGACAUACUCGCACUCCUCCCUGCGCUCCAGAGGGCAUGCUACCUCUCCAUCCUGGCCCCCUCCCCACUCAGAAUCUCAGCUACUGUACCUGGAUAAGCGAGGGCAGCCCACGAAGGCUUUCCCGCUUUAGAGGAUCUGGGCUCCAGGAGAUGAGAAAUGGAGAGGAAAAGCGGGGUGUCACAAGGGUGACCCUUUGGUACUCUUGUGUUUUGCUCUUCGGAAGGACAAGAGUGCCCAGGAAUGUUUGUCGGUACGCACACACAGUGGAAGCUUCUAAAGACUUCUUUUUUUCUUUCUUUCUUUUUUUUUUUUUAAAUCUCUUCCUGAUUGUCUGUGCGUGCGUAAGAGUUCAGCUCUAUGUCAUGACUCAUAGACACCCUCACACACGAUUUCAGAGAAGUUAUGAAGAGGUAAGAGAUUUUAUGAAUAAAAAUAAAAUUGUGCCAGUUUGGACAGCACACAGGUCAAUAAAGGAUGAACAAGUGCCAGGGUGGAACCUUCAACUCAGUUGUUUUUUUUUUUUUUUUUUGGUUUUGUUUUCGGUCAACUGUUUUAAGCAUUCUUUCAUGUACAUUUCAUGCUGUGUUGUAAACAAAGUAGGGAGGCAGUCUAGCCCUCUUUUUUUUUUCUUUUAGAUUGAGCCCACGCAUUACACCUACCCACUAAGAUGAAAUGUGACAGUGACAAUUCAUUAUGAUAUAUUUAUGGCUUUUAGUUGCAAAUCAUGGUACUUUCAAAAUACAAACAAAUAAGCUACAUCCAGAAUAAAUGUGAGUGUAAAUAUGGACAUGUAGAGUACCUGGGUAUCCUGAUAUGUGCAGUAAUUGCCUUAAUGCAACUUCAUGAAAUCUGUUACUUUUAAUUUGUCUAUGAUAUCCUUGACCAGAAGUGUUUUGAUAUGCCUUGAGGAGGUGGUCUCUUCAUAAGUCCAAAGAUGAUCAACAUCUUUAGCAUUUCAUUACCGGUCCCAGUGGAGAAGUAGCCAGUGCUUCACAAUAGUAUUACUGGACAGUUAAUGACGUAACGCCCCUUUUCAUUGUAAGUCAGCAUUUCUAAGAAUGUUUGUAUAUUAUUUGACCCCUUUUUUGAUGUCACAAAUGAUUGUCUUAGCAUUUCAUAAAAUCACAUCAUAUGUGAAUGGUUUGAGUUGGUCAUUGGGAUGUAUUAAAGAAUGUAUUGCUUCCUUUGGGAGAGACACUGGCAUUUGAGGGCUGUCUCAUUGAAAUGAUUUUUGUUUAGCAAUGAUGGACUGCUAAUACAGCAUGUAAAUUACACCCAUGAAUGUAAGCAUGGAUAUUGUAUUAAAGGUAUGAUGCCUUUUAGUGGCAAUCAAAGUAGGCAGUGGAACCAUACAGCUCCUGUUCACAGUGUUGAAGUUGGGUAGCUGUUUUUUGCUGCUGUAUUUACAGUAAUGAGAAACAUCAGUCCUUUAUUUUUUUUUUUCUUUUACUGUCCUCAUUUGAUUUGGGUGUUCUCUCUGCUUUGUCCAGUUGGUGUUUUAGAUUUUUAUGGACUUUGUCCUCCACUGCCACACUCAGUCAUUUAGAGCUUGUGGCAUCUGUGACCUAUUUCCAAGCAGCCUCUGUCUCAGUGCCCCUCUAACCUGUACUGCAAUACGUUCUCAGACCUGACAAGCAGAAACAUGCUAAUAUUCUGUAUGCCUUUGGAUCCAAAAGAAAACUGAAGUGGUGUAGAGUGAUUUUGUAUGCCAUUUGUGCAUAUGAAAAUCAUCUUUCUGAGGUGGCAAGAAGCACCUCUGAUCAUAGAUCUCUGAUCAUAGACCAUCUCAUUUCCGUUUGCUGAUGGUUGUUGAUCAGUGUAGCUUGUGGUUCCAUCCUUAUGAUGUUUUCUUUGCAUUUGCUUAAAGGUAGACCAAAAUGGAUUUGUAUUUUAAUGAAUCAAAGAUCUGAAGGCAUAAUUAUCCAACCCUGAAGAAGAGUGCUGACUUUGCUUUUGUCACAUUUUGUCAAAUGAAUGCACUCUCAUUGGUGGAGAGAAGCUAAUCCUGGCAAUCUCAGCUGCUUGAUACAGUAAUAUUCCUGUGUUUCAAAUGAAGUUUCAGUAAGAAAGUAAGGAUAAUGUGCUGAUUUCACAGCAUGGCAAUAUUUUCCACUUGGAGUCUUUAGUCAUUCUUUUAGAAGCAACAGUAUUUCUCAUUGUAUUUUUUUUCCUGUAUUGAAAACUGUAUCUGUACAAACUGGCUCUUUGUUUAUCUCAGAGCAUGAUGCUUGAAAAGCACAAUGUUUUUCUUUUUUCAUUAUUUGACCAAGGACUCUAGGAGAUAAUUACAUACCUCCUGUUAAAUGUAUCCUUUAUCAAGCAGGUUUUGCAUCAGUCCACAAUUUUUAGUGUUCACAGAAGAUUUUGUACUAGCACUCUAGUGGAGUCCGUUUGGCCCUUGUUGGAAGCGCAUGUCUGUGGUACUGACCCAUGCACCUUAUAUGUACUGUCUGGUUCUCAGUUUACACUCUUGAAGAUAAAGGUUCCUAAAUGGUUCUGUGUUUGGAUGAACAGUUUUAGGGAAAAAAGAAAAAAGGUUUGUCACAUUCCUACGUCUCAUUUACAGCCCUUUGCGAAAGUCAGAGACCAUCCUUUAUUUCAUUUCCAGUCAAAAUGACCAUUAAGGAAAGGAAAAAUGACACAGAAGCCCCAACUGUCAAGUCUUUUCAGUAUUUAGUGUGUCCACCCUUUACCCUAAUUACAGCUUUUAUUCAUUUCAGGAGACUUUUUUUCAAAGAAAUCUACAAAGAUACUCUUCCAAAGUUCAGUCUUAGAAGUUGGUUGCAUUUUCUGCAUUUCACAAUUGGUCGACCUAAAUACAUUUAAUGAUGUUGAGGUCUGCUCUCUGGGGUGGUCAGACCUUUGUUCUGAGAAUAUCAGCAGCUUCUUUUUGAUUUGAGUUUUCUUUUUUUACAUUUAUUUUGGUAUUUUGCUUUUGAAUAAUCUCAAAUAUCUUGAGGUCAUUAAUAACUUGUACUUUAAUGACUCUUUUGACUGGGUAUUAAAAAAGGUAGGGUGGUCUCAAACUCUGAUCAGUACUGUUUGAUAAUGGCUCUUCAAAGAGCCUUUAAAAGGUCCUUUAGGGAACCAAAGUGGUUCUUUUAUAGCAUCACUUUCAAAGAAUCCUUUUUGACACCUUUAUUUUUAAGAGUGUAGUUACAAAAUGACACAGACAACACCUUCAUGCUGCUCACAGAUCAGUCAUAUUGUCAACAGUAACACUUUGAUUUAUCAUGAUUUAGUAUUUCUAAAGGCACCCUAACUGACAACUGUAAUAACAAUGCAAUAUGAUCUUUCCUGGUUAAAUGGGAAGUUUUGCACCAAGCACAAAUAAUGUUUAUUUAAGCUUUCUGUGUGGAGAGGAUGUUUGUUGUGGGCCAGAAGAAUAGAAACUAGGAGAGAGUGAAGAGACUAUGGACUAUGAAAUUCUCUUCUUUUUGGGUUCCUUAAUUUUCACCACACACACACAAACACACACAGUGGUCCCCAUGAAAUUCACACUGCCAAUAUUGUGCUUUCUGUAUCAUAAUGUAGGAUAUCAAUAGAUAGUGAUCUAAUGAAAUAACUGUAAGGAAAAUAAUCAUCUGGACUGUACAAUCAAACCUAUCGUUGUUAAUAUUUUUUAUUGUUGGUAGCCAAUAUUUUUGUGAUUAAUUUGCAAAUAAAGAAACCACUGUCUUUUUA